UUAACCCUCACACCGGAGACUAAGGCCUGUAGCGGAUUACACACAGAAACGCACAUACAUGACAACAGUUUAUUUUUCAAUGCACACUCGACUCCGCAGCCGAAGCCCAGGCGUUCUCCCGAUAGACCCGUCACAGUCCGGGACGCGGCGCGCGAGCACGAGGACGCGGCGCGCGGAGGCGGGUUGGCGCACGGGAGGACGUACGGGGAGCGCGCGCGCCGCCGCCUGACCGGGCCGGAGCUGCUGGCGGUGGGGUUCGAGGACGGCGAUGGUCCUGGGUGGAAGGAUUGAGGUGGUGUCUCCCGCUGUUUCUGCCGCCGCUGUCGAGACCUGGGUCCGCUUCUCGUCAUGAGAGGAGACAGAACCCUGAAGCAAAGAAGUUUGGAUCAGACAGAAAGUACUCAAGGGCCAUGCAAGCCAAUUGUAGCCAAUUGCACAGUCCUCCAGGAAUUGUGGGCAGUGAGGGUACCUCAGCCUCCCUAUGUGCCCAUGCAAGAUUGACAGAAGGUUCUGGUCUUCAUUCUGGAGAUGUACAUAUCCAAAUAAACUCCAUACCUAAAGAAUGUGCUGAAAAUACAAGCUCCAGAAAUACAAGGUCAGGGGUCCAUAACUGUACCCAUGGAUGUAUACACAGUCGCUUGCGGAAUCAUUCACACAGUGAAGCAAGGCAGCCAGAUGAUACUGCCACUGAGUCUGGAGAACAUGGUAGCAGCUCUUUUUCAGAAUUCCGCUAUCUCUUCAAGUGGUUGCAAAAAAGUCUUCCAUAUAUUUUGAUUCUGGGUGUCAAACUUGUUAUGCAACAUAUAACAGGAAUUUCUCUUGGAAUUGGGCUGCUAACAACUUUUAUGUAUGCAAACAAAAGCAUUGUAAAUCAGGUUUUUCUAAGAGAAAGGUGCUCAAAAAUUCAGUGCGUUUGGUUACUGGUAUUCUUAGCAGGAUCUUCUGUUCUUUUAUAUUACACCUUUUACUCUCACUCACUCUAUUACAGCUUAGUUUUUUUAAAUCCUACUUUGGACCAUUCAAGUUUCUGGGCACUACUUUGGAUAGUUGGAAUUACAGACUUCAUUCUGAAAUUCUUCUUCAUGGGCUUAAAAUGCUUUAUUUUAUUGGUGCCUUCUUUCCUCAUGCCUUUCAAAUCCAAGGGUUACUGGUAUAUGCUUUUAGAAGAAUUAUGUCAGUAUUACCGAACUUUUGUUCCCAUACCAGUUUGGUUUCGUUAUCUUAUAAGCUAUGGGAAGGUUGGAAAUGCAACUGGAUGGAGUCUUGGGAUAUUGCUGGCUUUACUCUACCUCAUACUAAAACUUUUGAAUUUUUUUGGACAUCUGAGAACUUUCAGACAGGUUUUACGAAUAUUUUUUACACGACCACAUAUAUUUUGUGAAGAGUGCAUUAUCUUAUGGUUUAACAGAGAAAAAACAUGUCCACUGUGCAGAAUUGUGAUUUCAGACCAUAUAAACAAAUGGAAAGAUGGAGCCACUUCAUCACACCUUCAAAUAUAUUAAGUCCUAUAAACUAUUAAGGCCAUGAAAAACUAACUUCAUUUGGUUACAGUGCCUGCUGAUAAAGGCAUUAGAAUGGACUUUCAGGUCUAGAAAUGAAGAAAAUGUUUCCAAGUGUUUUAGAUUAUUACAAGAUUUAAGUGUGUAGUCCAGUUUAUCAAAAGAUUACAUGAAUGAAAGAACCCUGUGUUUUAAAAAUUACAUAAAUGAUGUUCAAUGUAAUAUGUAUGCUACAACAUUUAUUCUAUCCUAAUUAUAUGACAGGUGAUUGCAGUGUUAAAUUGUAAAUGUGUUUUUCUUGUUACCAAAACAGCAACUGGAUAGCUGGAACUAGUGGUUUUAAAGGAACUCAGGUAUUCUUUCCUAUAUUGUUUUCAGAAUAAAGAAUAUUUUUCAUAAUACUUUUAAGAUACACAUUAUCUCAAAGUAAAAAUUUUUAGCAUUGACUUUUAUAAGUCUCAUUCUCAAAAAUUCUUGAAAUUUUCAUAAAAUUUGUAUUUUUAAAUGAAAGUUCUAAAUGCUAUAUUUUACCUGUGAACAAUCAGAUUUUCUAAGUGAAGAUUAAUUUACUGAGGGUAUAUUUUAUUAUUGUAUUCUCUGUAGUAUGACCAACAAUCAGUGAGAAUAAAUGAUUUAAAUUCAAUUUGUUUGUGGACCUCAUACAUGCAUUCUGCCUUUGGCUUUAAUGUUUAUGAUCUUCUUUUUAUAUAGUGCCAUAGACUAUUUUGAACCAACAGAGUAAUUAACAUGAAUCACAAACAGCUGGCUUCACUGAAUAUUUGAGUAAUGUUUGAACAAACAAGAUGACUCACUAGGCUCUUAGAUGAGAAUUCCCAUUAUAACUAGUCUCUAGAAAAGUUUUGGAAUACUGUGCUUGAUUCAUCAUUACUUGGAGAUUAAAGCUUGCACUCAGAAGCAUCCAUAAACUUUGGAUAGUGUGGUUUGUUUGCUUUUGGGGAUUUGUCCGAGGUAGUGGAAA